GUUGCACGGCUAUUAGGAUCAGACAGUGAGGCUUAAAGCUGUCAAUGCAACUGCUUCUCAUCUGUUCUUUAUCCCUUCUCUCUCUGUGUCUUUCACCCUCCACAAUCAUGACAUCUUUUCUCUUUUCUACUGGACAUUGGCAUUAAUGUUUUUAUCAUUCUCAAUCACACUCACAGUGAAAGCUGAGGAAUCUAUUUUCGCCGAAGCCAAAGUGAGAAGCAAGAAAUUCUUUUACAGCUCUUCUAGAAGCAGCAGUGCUGCCUGCACGUUGUGGAUGGGAGAUGCUGGAUCAGAGGAAAACGUGGCAUUCCUCAGGGCUACAUCACUAGAUGUUACCUCAGAAUGGCAAAGCCUUUCCUUCUGCUGCUUUUCACCUGAUUAGCAAUUCUUUUCCAACCAAAUGGAAAAUGGAGAAAAUAAGGGGGAAAAUGUAAGGGGGGAAAAUUGUGGAAAAUAACUUGUGGAAAUGCUAUCAUCAGAAAGACAGAGGGAAAAUACAGUGCUUGAACUUCUUUUUAUUUUGAUGUUGCUCUUCUCCGAAUCAACUCUUACCAAGCUAAGCAGGACCAAAGGCAAGCACUGGAAGGGGGGAUCUCGUCUUCGCCAGGAAGACUUUCCUCCACGAAUAGUAGAGCAUCCAUCUGAUGUUAUUGUUUCUAAAGGAGAGCCUACAACUUUGAACUGCAAGGCUGAAGGAAGACCAACUCCCAUUAUUGAGUGGUACAAAGAUGGAGAGCGUGUGGAGACUGACAAAGAUGACCCCCGUUCACAUCGCAUGUUGCUUCCUAGUGGAUCUUUAUUUUUCCUAAGAAUUGUACAUGGACGCAGGAGUAAACCAGAUGAAGGAAGUUAUGUUUGUGUUGCCAGGAACUAUCUGGGGGAAGCUGUGAGUCGUAAUGCAUCUCUGGAAGUAGCAUUAUUACGGGAUGAUUUCCGCCAAAAUCCUACAGAUGUUGUUGUGGCAGCAGGCGAACCAGCUAUCUUAGAGUGCCAACCUCCUCGAGGACAUCCUGAACCCACUAUCUACUGGAAAAAAGACAAAAUCCGAAUAGAUGAUAGAGAAGAGAGAAUAAGUAUACGAAGUGGAAAGCUCAUGAUUUCAAAUACAAGAAAAAGUGAUGCUGGAAUGUAUACUUGCGUCGGCACAAAUAUGGUGGGAGAACGGGAUAGUGAUCCUGCAGAACUUACUGUUUUUGAACGACCCACAUUUCUCAGAAGACCAAUCAACCAAGUGGUUUUGGAAGAAGAUGUUGUUGAGUUUAGAUGCCAGGUACAAGGCGAUCCUCAGCCAUCAGUUCGCUGGAAGAAAGAUGACAUUGAUUUGCCAAGAGGAAGCAGAUAUGAUAUCAAAGAUGAUUACACCUUGCGUAUUAAAAAGGCUGUGAGCUUAGAUGAAGGAACAUACACAUGCAUAGCUGAAAACAGAGUUGGAAAAGUUGAGACAUCUGCAACUCUUACAGUUCGAGCUCGUCCUGUUGCACCUCCACAGUUUGUGGUAAGGCCACGUGAUCAGAUUGUUGCCCAGGGAAGAACAGUAACAUUCCCAUGUGAAACUAAAGGAAAUCCUCAGCCAGCAGUAUUUUGGCAAAAGGAAGGCAGCCAGAAUCUUCUAUUUCCGAAUCAGCCACUCCAGCCUAAUGCCAGGUAUUCUGUGUCACCAACUGGAGAUCUUACUAUCACAAAUAUUCAGCGGGCUGAUGCAGGAUAUUACAUCUGUCAAGCACUCACAGUUGCUGGAAGUAUCUUAGCAAAAGCUCAGUUGGAAGUUACAGAUGUUUUAACAGAUAGGCCUCCACCCAUCAUUCUCCAGGGACCUGUAAACCAGACAUUGGCUGUAGAUGGAACAGCUUUACUGAAGUGCAAAGCUACUGGUGACCCAAUGCCUGUUAUCAGCUGGCUAAAAGAAGGAUUUACUUUUCUUGGCAGAGAUCCAAGGACAUUUAUACAAGAUCAAGGAACUUUGCAAAUUAAACCUUUACGGAUAUCUGACAUGGGCACAUACACUUGUGUUGCCACAAGUUCAAGUGGGGAAACAUCUUGGAGUGCUGUGCUGGAUGUUUCAGAAUUUGGGGGAGCAGCAGUUAGCAAAAAUUAUGAUUUAAAUGAUCUUCCUGGACCACCAUCCAAGCCUCAGGUCACUGAUGUCACUAAGAACAGUGUCACCUUGUCGUGGCAGCCAGGCACACCUGGGAAUUUACCAACAAGUGCAUAUAUCAUUGAGGCUUUUAGCCAGUUGGUGAGCAAUAGCUGGCAAACAGUGGCUAAUCAUGUUAGAACAAUUCCUUACACUGUGAGAGGACUCCGUCCAAAUACCAUCUACCUGUUUAUGGUGAGAGCUAUCAAUUCACAAGGGUUGAGUGAUCCCAGCAUCAUGUCAGAUCCUGUCCGAACCCAAGAUAUCAGUCCACCAGCACAAGGAGUGGAUCACAGACAAGUCCAAAAAGAGCUUGGUGAUGUAAUUGUACGACUACAUAAUCCUGUUGUGCUUACCCCUACCACAAUUCAAGUGACCUGGACGGUUGAUCGCCAGUCACAGUUCAUUCAGGGUUAUAGAGUUAUGUAUCGACAGACAUCAGGACUGACUUCCCCUUCUACAUGGCAGACUGUGGAAGUCAAUGUCCCCACAGAACGGAGUACUAUCCUUAUCAAUUUGAAAAAGGGGGUCACAUAUGAUAUCAAAGUUCGUCCAUAUUUCAAUGAAUUUCAAGGAAUGGACAGUGAAUCAAAAUCUGCACGUACCACUGAGGAAGCCCCUAGUGCCCCUCCACAAUCUGUUACAGUUUUGACUGUUGGAAACCACAAUAGUACCAGUAUCAGUAUUUCCUGGGAUCCACCUCCUCCAGAUCACCAAAAUGGAAUCAUUCAAGAAUAUAAGAUAUGGUGCUUGGGUAAUGAAACAAAAUUUCAUAUCAACAAGACUGUUGAUGCAGCUAUCCGGUCUGUAAUUAUUGGAGGCCUAUAUCCAGGGAUUCAGUACAGAGUGGAAGUUGCAGCAAGUACUAGUGCUGGCACUGGAGUUAAAAGUGAACCACAACCUAUAAUAAUCGGAGGGCGUAAUGAAGUCAUCAUCACUGAAAACAACAAUAGCAUAACAGAACAAAUUACGGAUGUUGUCAAGCAACCUGCCUUUAUUGCUGGAAUUGGUGGUGCUUGCUGGGUUAUACUCAUGGGUUUCAGUAUCUGGCUCUAUUGGCGCAGAAAGAAGAGAAAGGGCCUUAGCAAUUAUGCAGUCCAGUCCUUCACCUUCACCCCUGCAGUCACUUUUCAAAGAGGAGAUGGAGGACUUAUGAGCAAUGGAAGUCGGCCAGGCUUGUUAAAUGCAAGUGAUCCAAGUUAUCCUUGGCUUGCGGAUUCUUGGCCUGCUACCAGCCUUCCUGUUAACAACAGUACCAAUGGACCAAGUGAUCUUGGGAAUUUUGGUCGUGGAGAUGUGCUACCUCCAAUGCCAGGGGAUAAAACCGCCACAAUGCUUUCUGAUGGAGCCAUUUAUAGCAGCAUUGACUUCAGUACCAAAACUAGUUACAAUAGUUCCAGCCAAAUAACACAAGCUACUCCAUAUGCCACAACACAAAUAUUGCAUUCCAACAGCAUCCAUGAAUUGGCAGUUGAUUUACCAGAUCCUCAGUGGAAAAGUUCAAUUCAGCAGAAAAGUGACUUAAUGGGAUUUGGUUACUCUCUUCCAGAUCAGGGCAAAAGCAACAAUGCUUUGCUUUACAUCCCUGACUACCGAUUGGCUGAGGGAUUGUCUAAUAGAAUGCCACACAACCAGUCACAAGAUUUCAGCACCACCAGCUCUCACAACAGUUCAGAAAGGAGUGACAGCCUCUCAGGUGGGAAAGGAGGAAAGAAAAAGAAAAACAAAAAUACUCCCAAGACUCAGAAAAAUAAUGGGUCUACUUGGGCCAGUGUUCCUCUCCCACCUCCUCCAAUACAUCCACUUCCAGGAACAGAGUUAGAACACUAUGGGGUGGAUCCACAAGAACAAGGGUACAACAGUGAUGAUUGGUGCCCACCUUUACCAGUCCAAACAUAUUUGCAUCAGGGAAUGGAGGAUGAACUUGAAGAAGAUGACAGAGUUCCUACACCUCCUGUCCGAGGAGUGGCUUCUUCCCCUGCAAUCUCUUUUGGACAACAGUCCACUGCAACAUUAACUCCCUCUCCCAGAGAAGAAAUGCAACCUAUGCUUCAGGCCCAUCUUGAUGAGCUGACCAGGGCAUAUCAGUUUGAUGUAGCAAAGCAAGCAUGGCACAAUCAAAUCAAUAUUCAGCCACCCCAGACCCCAGCUCCCCCAUUAGGAUAUGUCUCUGGAACAUUAAUAUCAGAUUUUGAAGCAGACAUUCCAGAGGAUGAAGAUGAGGAUGAUAUUGAAGAAGAGGCUGUAGAAAUCACAAGGCCAUUACGAGACCUAGAGCAUACUUCAGGCUGCAGCAUGGACAAUCUUGACAGUUCUAUGACAGGCAAACCACAUUCCGCUUCUCAGAAACUUCGCCCAACCAGCCCAUUUUCUACUGACAGCAAUACUAGCAUAAUCCAGAAUCAGAGUCAAAGGCCUAGGCCUAACCCUACCAAAAAACAGCCAUCCUUGCCUCAUCGUAGAGAAGGCAUGGCAGAUGAUCUUCCACCACCACCAGACCCACCUCCUGGUCAGGGAAUAAGGCAACAGAUAGGUACUGGCCAACGUGGGGGUUCAACAGAAAGAAAAGGAAGCUCUUUAGAGCGACAGCACACAACCAACAUAGAUGAAACAAAGAGUUCUUUGGAUCGUCAAGCUAGAACAUCACUAGAGUGGCAACGGCAAACCCAGGAUUGGAUAACCUCCACAGAACUUCAAGGCCAGCAAAAGCAAGCCUUUGGAUCAGAAGAGACAUUGGUGCCAUAUAGCAAGCCUAGCUUCCCAUCACCAGGUGGUCACAGCUCUUCAGGUACAGCAUCUUCUAAAGGAUCAACUGGACCCAAAAAAGUAGAUGUCAUGAAAGGAGGUCAUCAGCGCAACAUGAGCGAUCUCAUUGAUGUAGGAUAUAUUGGAUUAAACAGUCAAGGACAGUUUUCUGAUGAAUUAUAGUAGUUGAAAAGAAACUUCUCCAGCUGCUUUCAAGGCCAUCAAGUCUCAACUCAUGGAAGUGAUGACACUAAACAGUGCAAUGAACAUUUUCUUUAUUUAUGUACUUAUUAUUAAAGGAACUGUAAAUGCAAUGUAAAGAAACACAGAAACACAUAUCCCGCAGAUAUUCUACCCAUGUUCUUCUUUUACACCUUUCACUUUAAAUUCUUUCUUAUUAAGCAUAUAUACCAGGAAAAAAAUCACCCUGCAGGAUGAAAUAAAUUUCCCUUGUACAUAAUUUCUUUUUCUUGCAUUGCUAUGCAAACUCACCUUCAUUUAGCUAUGUUCAUAUUAUUGUCUGUCCUUCUUGGUCUGUUGUACUAUAUGUGAAUUAAUAGGCUGUGGUGCCAUAUAAUAACUUUUAAUUGUGUAACAUUUUAUGUUUGAAGUUUGCACUGCAAUUUUUUGUUGGUGAUAAGCACAAAACUUUUAUGCCUCGUGUCAUGAAGAAGAAGAAGAUUGAAUGUGAAAGGAGUCUAUGUACUGUAAGCUAUGUUGGAUAAUGCUGGAUGUAAUGAAUUAUGUUAGGUGGUUUUCCAUUUGGGUGUAGAAUUAGGAAGAUGACUGGCAAAACUGAUGUUAGCAAGAGUUGAUUGGGACAUCAGGAAUGGAAUACCAUCUGAAAUAGCAAGCAAUGUUGCUUUUAUCGUUUAAAGAAAAAGGUCAAAUGAUGGAAGUAUCGUUUCAAGAUCAGAUUAGAACAUGAAAGCCUCCUAUCUUCUUAGUAUCAGUUUUUCAUUUAUUCAGUACAGUUGCACUCACUACAAAGGAAGGAAGUUAAGAUGUUUCACUAAAGCUGUUUUUAUAGUACUUUUUUAUUUUAGAAAAGAGUAUUAUAGUUGAUUUGCUCUUCCAUCUGAAGGUAGAGAUCCAGUAUGAACCAUAUGAAGGUAGAAAAAUACUUAGCAAGACUUAAAGAUGCAAUUAUCAUUGAGAUAUCCAAGCUGCUUCCAAAAAUCUACAGUAUUCAUCUUUUCAAUACGUGCAGUAAAGAUGAAAAUGUAGAGCUACGUCACUUGAAAUCCAUGAUCUAAUUUUUCUUAUGCAACUAACACAUAGUUUUGCUGUAUUAUUAUCUGAAGCUGUAAGACAUUGAAACCCAAUUCAUUUGUAUUUAAAUCUUGGGUUACAGUAAUUGAAAAGAAAGAUGGCAUAUUCAUGCUCAGUUUUAAAUCAAGGUGUUUCUUUUUACUAAUUCUCUACAUUACAGGAAACUGGUUUCAACAAGGAAAAGAAGACAUCUUUGACCUAUUUUUGAUGACUAAAUUUCAAGCCUCUUCUUACAAAAACAAUGCAUGUUUAUACACUUUUUAAAUAAACCAAACUUGCUGUAAGUGGACAUUAACAAAAGCAUCCUGUCUCAUCAUUAAUUUUCAUGACUUUCUCCAGCUACUUGCCAGUUUUUCACAUCUUUGUUAGAAAUAUUAUACAUGUAUUCCAAUGCAUUAAAUAUUUUAUUUGAAGUUUACAUCAAAAAGCUUACCUUAUUCAUUCAUAUCAUUAUUACAAACAUUCAUAUACACAGUUCCUAUUGUUUAUACUUUGCCUUGAUGAUCAUAUUACUGCUAAACAAAACACUUCUUGAUCAAGCAAAGAAAUAUGCAUUCUUUUUCAUUACAUUGAGAAUGUGAUAAACUAAAAUAUUUUUAGUAUAAAUGGUAUCAAUAGUGCAAUUAUUUCUUUUUAUUUUAAUUUAGUUCAGAGUAUUGGCAAACCAGAAACAACGAAAGAUGCAUUGAUUCAGAAUGCAUGGAAGUUAUGUAAAAUGCUCAGUAAUUGAAAUGUUGGCCAGACAUAGAACAUUCAUAAAUGUAAAAAAAAAUUCUAUCCUGAAUUCUAUAUAUUAAAAAUGAAUAUAUAUAUAUGCUAGUAUAAGUAGAAUGGAUACAAAAAAAUCUUCAUAUAGUUUCAUAUAAUAAUGAUACAAAAACUGCUUUAAAGGAGAAAACUCAUUCUACUCACAGCCUACCAAAAAUCGUGAUACAACUAUGUUUGGUUUGGAACAAUUUUUAUGUACCUGUAGCCAGGGACUUUUCAAUUAAAUAUUUCACAGCACCAAUCAGUUAAAAGUGACACAGGAUAUUGAAUUUGUAUCAUAUAUCACCUUAAUUCUUACUUAUAUCACCUUAAUUCCUUUCUUACUGUGAAAUACUGGAAUUGUGAUGUACUGAUGUACUAAUAGCUAGGAUAUGGGACACAAGUCCAUUGCACAAAAACAUGUAGCUACCAAAAGUCUUGCAAGAUUUGACAUAACCCAUGUAUUCAAAUGUCAAGCAGUCUUUGCCAAUAUUAUCUGUGAACCCCUAUGUGUUAGUACUUAGGCACCAAAUCUCAUGAGUUUUCUUGUGAGAAAGUCACAUUGCCAACAAGGUCUUUUCCCCUUAACCUCAACUUGAGAGAUUUCUAUGAUUUAAACAGGCUUCAAGUUACAAUCAGAAUAUAUUUGCCUUGAUUCUUGUUGCAACAUGCAGUUUUAUAACUGAAAACUUGUGUAACUUUUUUUAAUCCACAGAGUAACUGCAACUAACAUCUAGGAAAAAGUAGGUAUGUAUUGAAAUUACAGUAAAUUCUGAUUUGUAGAAAUUCAGGAUGCAUAACUCUUUAUAAGACAAGUGUGUAUUUUGGACAGAUCUGGCACUACACAUUUGAAAUCCUAUUCCAAAAGAAAAUAUAAAUCGGGAUUUAAAUAAACGUCCAACAUUCACACAUUAAAUUAUCAUGGAUUGGAUUUAAAUUUCAUUUACAUAUUACAGAAGAGUUGUAGCCAUUUCGAUACUUAGAUCCAUGGUAUUAACACUAGUAUUUAUCCUUUCUGUCCUGUUUGAAGUUAAUAAUUCCAUGGCUAUUAUCAUGCACUUUCAUGCCAAUCUUAUUAGGUAGCAUGCUAACAGUACUGAAUAUGCUGAAAUAUAUUCCUCUUGCUAAAUUGAGUGAGCUACGAAAGCUAUGGCUUCAACCAUGCAUUUCCAAGUACUGUAAAAAUCAGACUUAAUGGCUUAUCCUAAGUGCAAUAUGUAAAUGAUAGAGUCUUCAGAAAUCUAUUCAAGAUAAUGUGAUAUAUCACAAGUUUUCAAGAUGCAACAUAAAUUUAAAGGAAUAUAACAAUAUUUGAUAUUGUUAUAUUUGAUAACUCACUGUUUAUGCCUUGAGUUUUAUAUAGUAUGAUCUUCCUGAGUAUUUUAAUUGGUUUUAGAAAUAUGUGUUGAGCUUUGGUGGAACACCUUAUUGGCCAAUUUUUCUUCACUAUACAAUGUGAACAAAAGUAGCCAUCCCACAUUCUUUUAAUUAAAUGUCUUGAUUUUUUUAGUUCCUAUUUUGUAUCAGUAAAAAACAAUCAGUUAAAAAUAUGUAGUGCUAUAAUAUCAAUCUAUUAUUCACUACUAUAGAAUUAUCUUUACAUUAUUCUUAGGAUGCUUUUAAAAAGAUUUAAUGUUUAACAGAUGCUAUUAUUUUACCUCUUCUUUCUCUCCCUAUUUCUCAUUAUGUAGUGUACUUCAAAUAAUCACAGAACCUAUUUUUUAAAAUGUGCAAUUUGCCUUUUUUCUUUUUUUAUAAUUGAAGGAAACUUUUUUAUAAUUGAAAAUAUUUCUUAUUCAUAAUGUGUCUAAAGAAAAGGAAUGUGGUGGCAGCUCUUAAAACUGUUUUCUAAUUUUUUUAUAUAAAAUGAUUCAGUUACAACAGUUUUUUCAGUCACAUACACACAAAGAAGAUGACCUCUUAAUGUGUUUCAUGUGUUAGCGAAGCAAAGUUUAAUAGGCAUAAAGUUGGUUAAUCGUAAUGUUUAAGUGUGUAUUGUAUAUCUACUGGGGAAAAUAAACUUCCACAUUUCAAAAAAAAUUAAAGAAAUUUUAUUUAACACUCUCAAUAUUUGAUUGCAUGAACAUAACUUUGCAAUUUUAUUCCUAAAAUGUACUGUUAUAUUUUUCUGUACCCCUAAAGUAUCAUUUCAUAGCUAUACCACUGAAAUCAAGACUGAAAAUGGCACCCUAUUAAAAGUCUUCCUAGCAAACACUAUAAAUAUAUCAGAAAAGCUGUUGUAUCAUCCUUCUCUGCCCCUGCUACCAAGGUACCUGAUCAAUUCUAGAGAGUGAAAACCAGGUCCCUUAAUUUAGUUAUGUGACUUAGAACUGAAAAGGUUUGAGGCUUUUGAAUGUCAAUGUAUACCAGUCAUGCAUCAUCAGAAGAAAUUACUUGUGCCUAACUUUGCCACCAAACUCAUUCCUUUAUACAUGCAUUGGGCUUUUACCAUUAAAAAAAACAUUUACAGAAAUUCCCUCUCCCCCUCCUUCUCUUUCUCUCCUCCCCUUCCUUACCUCCCUCUCCCUCACACACGUUUAUUUUAUAUUCUUAACUGAUUGGAAGGAAGGAAGGAAAAAAUCUGAGGAAAAAAAUGUAAAAAGGCAGUGUGAACAAGCUGGAAACCUUGAAUGAAUUCUUAUUCAUAUGAGAUGCAUGCACUCUUCUGUUUUAGUAUAUUAGUUAUUCACUUAUACCCUUUAUUGUGCACUAAUUAGAAUUGCACACUGUGAAAGCACCAAUACCACAGAAUGGGAAAGGGGUGACAAAAUAAGAUAAUGUGAAGGACUCAAAUUCUCCCUUUUAUCUCUUCUGUAACUCUCAUUUACCCAAGGCAUUUUAAGGGAAUGUAUAUUCUAUCUAGUUGGCUUAAUUAACUUUCAGAAGUUCCUAUAAAUUGCUGGUGACAUUUGUGCUAAGUAGGUACAGAGCAGGGAAAAUUGGCUUUUUGUACUGAUUCUGUCUAUCCAUGGUUGCAGUUUUGUGGGAGUAUGUACACAAUAUUCUCAAUAUUACAAAUAAAUUUUACCAGCACAUUUGAGAACAAUUGGUCUGGGAGCAGGAGGAAAGGAAUAAUGCUAUUCUUUAACAUAUAUUAAGUAUAUCCAUCAAAAAUAACAGGUUCUAAUCAUAUAGUAACUGCAGUUGUUUCUGGAAAAAUUGGUAAGUGACAUGGUUACUAAGUGGACAUGUGAUGGUGACAGACAGACAGACUAUGAACACUGCCAUGAAACUUGACUACGGAUCCCAUCAGUUAAUGAAUUUGGCUGUCAGGGUCCAGGAAGAGAGCUUUCUCUGCCACCGUGCCUGUCCUGUGGAAUAUCCUUCUUCCAGAUGUGAGGCAGGACCCCUCUCUCCUGGCCUUUUGAAAGACUUUGAAGACCUGUCUCCCAAUUCUCAUGGGUAUUACAGAGUAGCAUCCAACCCUUGUGAUGAUUAGUGCUUUGAAGCCCCUUCCGUUCCCUUUAACUUACUCUUGUUUUUACCUUUCUCUUUUUAUCAAUGUAUUGUAUUUUUAUAUGGGUUUUAUGCUUUUAGAAUAAAGAGACAUUUUGAAAGUGA